AUGGGGCUAGAGCCGCCUUCAAAACGGCGACCACGCUCGCGACGGCUCCGUUUCAAGCGCAGUUCGUCUACGAAAUCCAGUACGGACUCGGACGAGGAGCCACGGCCGACGCCUCGGCUGCCUCCGCCCAGGACCCGCUCGAGAACAAGCCACACAAAUAGCCAACCGCACUACGAAUUCGGACCCAGUAUCAACGGAUACCGCUUUGUUUCCACCGACCCGGGACAGAAACCGUUCCAGGAUGUCAACUUCCAUCGCCACAUCAACGGGUAUUCCGCAGAACUGCCCGAUGUUCCCCAGAAAGACGACCCUUACAAAUCUCGCGAUAACAAGUACCAGCGAUAUCUGAACCAAUGGAAAGACAUCGACCUCGAAGCACAGUUCCCGCCAGUUCCCGUGGACGGCGGUGAGGUCAGUUUCCAGAGCGUGGCCUCGUUUAUCCCCAAAGACCAGCUAAAAGCCGAACGCGUUCGGUGGCAUCCAGACAGAAUUCUUAGUCGUGUGAGCGAGUCGCGCAAAUCGAUUCUGUCGGAGCUGGUCACCAGAACGUUUCAGGUGAUCAACCAAGUUUACGAAGAGUCCCUUCAAUGA